CAAUGGCUUCGCAUCGCUACCCUAACUAGUGCACACAAAAGGCAUUUCUCAAAAGAUCAUUUUGCAACUCCACGACUCCAACACUGAUCAUCCAGCAUCACCACGCCAAACCGACAAGAUGGGCCGACUUCACAGCAAGGGAAAGGGCAUUUCUGCCUCUGCUCUCCCCUACUCACGCUCUGCUCCUGCGUGGUUGAAGACCACCCCCGAACAGGUUGUUGAGCAGAUCGCCAAGCUCGCCCGUAAGGGUGCCACUCCCUCUCAGAUCGGUGUUGUCCUUCGCGACAGCCAUGGCAUUGCCCAGGUCAAGCUUGUCACCGGUAACCGAAUUCUCCGAAUUCUCAAGUCCAACGGCCUCGCUCCCGAGCUCCCCGAGGAUCUGUACAUGCUUAUCAAGAAGGCUGUCGCCGUCCGAAAGCACCUCGAGCGUAACCGCAAGGACAAGGACUCCAAGUUCCGCCUCAUUCUCAUUGAGUCCCGAAUUCACCGCCUGGCUCGCUACUACAAGACCGUCGGUGUUCUCCCUCCCACCUGGAAGUACGAGUCCGCUACUGCCAGCACCAUCGUCGCUUAAGCGAAGACAUGACAAAGAAUGGCCGCAUUGAUUGGUGGUGAUGGUUUCCCGGGUCACGGAGUUGGGGGACAAACAUGGAAAAAUUGCAUUUAGAGCCAUGGUGCUUUCUGCUCGCCCCCUCUGGGAGGAUCAACAGCGACGUCGACCGCUCAAAUAGAAAGCUUUUCGACCGCUGAAAGUACGCGUAUGCAAUGGGACAUUCUCAACCCAGUGACGAUAAAAUUAUUGAACCUGAACGCCAUCUAUGCCUUCCGCUACCAUGCCAAUUGCGUGCUACCGUGGAAAAUCUUGUGAUAUCGUGGAUCUAGCCAGUGCCUUCCAGUUCCUUUGACUUCUGAAUGAGAUACUCUCCUAGUACCCGGAGAGGAUCACUCGGCCUGUGAUGUUGUCAGUCGCUAUUCACAAAACACAAGAAAGUAACUUUUGUGUUGAGAUAUCGUCGUGUUGAAUCACCAUGAGGGGCAGCUUCGGCUGGUAGGCUAAGACCAGAAUCCGGAUGCGCAGAAGCAGCUCUGGAACCUUGCGCCGGAGUCCCUGUUCGUGCAGGUAUAGGACUAGGCGCAUGAGUAGCUGGAGCAGGAGAUGACUGUCAAGAAGUUAAUAGUCUGUCCUCCAAAUGGCCCCUGAUACAAGAAAGAUUGACUAUCGAGGAGAGGCGGGUUCAGGUAAUAAGUGGAAUCUAGACGAGAAGUCUCCAAGAACAUAUAGAGGAGAAAGAACAUACUGCAGAG